AUGUUAAAUAAGAGAAGAUUAGAAAAUACCCCUUUGAGUGAUAUCACAUUAGUUCCGCAAUCAAUUAACAGUACACUUGGAAGGACACCAUUGUCGAACAUUACUAAUGUUACAGAUGAUUCAGUCCCUUUAUAUUGUAAUUCAAAUGCAUUACUUGCUGCUCAUAGAAGAAAAAUGCGGAAGAUUUAUCUUGAUAAUAGGCGAACAAAGUCAAAUAAAAGAAGAAGUGCACCAAGUGGUAGAGGAUCCUCUAAAAUUGUUAACAAAUCUCUGUUAACCGACGAAGAAAAUUAUAAUCCUAAUCUUCCUUCGUCAUCUAAUACUUUUCAGACAGUGCGUAACUUUACAUCUUUAACAACGACAAUACCCUUAAGUGGCAUAACAACUGGUGCUAUUACUUUUAAUAACCAAUCAACCCAUACGCCUAGCAGUUCUCAGUUUUCUAUUGUUUCAAACAUUGUUACACAAAACAGUAACAACAUUCUUCGAUCUUCUUCUACGUUGACUAAGCUUAAAUCUGGUAAACAAAAGAUUUUACCUAAGAAACGUAUUAUCGAACCUAUUCCAAUGGUAGAUCUUACUUCUGAUGACGACAAUGAAAAUUUACAUUCCAUUGAAGACCCUUAUAAAGGUGUAUCCACAGAUUAUUUGGAUCACGGUAAUCAAAUCCUUAGAUGCGAGAUGUGUCAUUCAUUAUUAUGGUCUGACGAAGGUGGUAAAGGUCGAAUUACAUUGGGUAAGUUAACUUAUAGUUUAUGUUGUGGUUAUGGCAAAGUGGAGCUUCCAGAUUUGAAAGAACCUACUUCAGUAUACAAGGAUCUAUUUGGAAAUUCUAAUGAAAAAAGUAAGUACUUUUUAAAGAAUAUCCGACGAUACAAUUCUAUGUUCUCCUUCACAUCAAUGGGUGGAAAGGUAGAUUCGAGUAUCAACAGUGGUAAGGCACCAUAUGUAUUUCGUAUUAGUGGACAGAAUUUCCACACAUUAGGUGGUUUGGUACCUGCACCUGGUAAAGAUCCAAAGUUCUCCCAGCUUUAUAUUUACGAUACUGAUAAUGAAGUUUCAAAUCGGAAAAGGUUAUUCAGUGAAUCUACAAAUAAGUCGGAUUCUCAUUUAAAGCAAUUAGAUAUUCAGCUCAUAAAGUUUAUAAAAGACUUCCUGGAUCAUAAUAAUGAGUUGGUUAAAAGUUAUAGAAUUGCAAGAAACCACUUCAAUGAGAAUCCUAAUGAAAAUUUCAAGCUUCGUCUCAUUUACAAAAGAGAUCUUGACGGUCGUACUUACAACUUGCCCUCAACUUCAGAAGUUGCUGCAUUGAUAGUUGGUGAUCUACAUAAAAUAAUUGAUCAUCGUGAUAUUGUUGUUGAGUCUCAUACUGAAGGUCUUCAACGAAUCAGUGAACUUCAUCCAUCAUAUCUAGCACUUUAG